CUUCUUCUCCUUUAUAAUCUCUAAAUUACAAACAAUCGAGAGAAAUCGUAAGGAACUUGAAUUUCUUCUUCAAUUUUCUCCGUUGGAUUUGUGUUUUUUGGUUAAUUUGCGCAGUUUGAUACUGCUGAUCCUGCAGCCGUUUCCCUGGAAUGUUACCGGCAGAGCACAGAAGUGCUUUGAUGAUAAGUAUUUCGAGGUACAGGAGUGGUUUUUGAAGGAGAAAAGGAGAAUUGAAGAUUCUUGAAGAUUCGGUCGUAAUCGGGCUUGUAAUGGAUGGCGUGAAAAGUAAGUUGAAGCUUACGAGAACUCAGUCGUCGUUACUCCGUUCGUCACCGACUUUCCGAUCAUCUUUUCAUAGUUUAUCGUCCGUUAACGAGGGAGAAAUAUUUAUGGUCGGUCAUCAGGAGGAUGACGAUGAAGAGAAGCAGAGGCCUAAGAAGCCUCGUAGGUUGGGUUCAUCGCCGAGAACAGGAUCGAACCGAUUUGCGAACUGUGUUGUUGCUGUUGCUUUGCUUCUUUGCUUCAUCUUCUUCUCGUUGCUCUUCGUUUUCUUCUUUCUGAGGAAGGAUGGGCUACUCCCGUCUGAAAAUUUGUUGUUGGCUCUGAUUUUUGUUGCUAUUACGCUUGUGUUUAUGAGCAAGAAUAAGCGGUUAAUUUCACAGAUUCUUUCGUUUAUCAAGCAUUCAUUGCACGAAAAUGCGAACAGAUUCUGUUUCUCUAGAACGGAUUCGACUCCGAUCCAAUGGUACAUUGGGGAUUCGAACGAUGCCGAAGACGACGCCGUAAAACAGAGGGAAAUUAUCAGAGAGGGCGUAGAGUACUAUAGCAAUGGCGAUUUCUACGAGGGAGAGUUUUACAAUGGGAGUUGUAAUGGAAGUGGGGUUUACAACUAUUUCCUAAGUGGGAGAUACGAAGGAGAUUGGGUCGAUGGGAGGUACGAUGGCUAUGGUGUCGAGAGCUGGGCGAAGGGGAGUCGUUACAGGGGCCAGUAUCGACAGGGUCUUAGACAUGGAUUUGGAGUAUAUAAGUUCUACACGGGGGAUUCCUGUGCCGGUGAGUGGUGUAAUGGGCAAAGCCAUGGCGUUGGGCUUCAGACUUGCGCUGAUGGUAGCUGCUAUGUUGGCGAGUUCAAGCGCGGCGUUAAGCAUGGUCUUGGAUGUUACUAUUUCAGAAAUGGAGAUAGAUAUGCUGGAGAAUACUUUGGGGACAAAGUACAUGGUUUCGGAAUCUACCAUUUUGCAAACGGCCAUUGUUAUGAAGGAUCAUGGCAUGAAGGUCAUAGGCAAGGCUACGGCAAGUAUGCUUUUCGAAACGGCCAAGCCAAAUGCGGCGAGUGGGAUGCUAGCAACCUCAAGCAUCCUCUCCCGCCGCUAAGUGAUGCCGUUCUCCAAGCCGUUCAGGCAUCUAGAAAGGCAGCAGAGAAUGCUAUAAAUCUUCCCCGGAUGGAUGAACAAGUGAGUAAAGCCGUGGUUGCUGCUAAUAGAGCGGCCAAUGCGGCCAGGGUGGCCGCCAUCAAAGCCGUUCAGAAUCGAAUGGACGGUAAAUUUUGCGGUUCAGAUAUGUAAGGUUUGCUAACUUUUAGAGAACAGCCAUAAAAACAAAAACCCUGGUGGCUAAAAACCCACCGGAGGUGUUUUUAAGUUCCUAUCAGUAUGACACUGCAACUUGUACACACAAUGUAUAUUAUAUUAAUGAAAUACACCACUUUAUCUACCUCUCUCUCUCGAGAUUUCAACUCUCUUGCCCAAACCCAAUGCUCCCUAAAGAACCAAACCUACCACCAAACGUCUUAGAUUUAUGUUUAUUCAGUAGAACGUGUCUAAUAGGCGUUUAUGUUUAUUCGGUAGAACGUGUCUAAUAGGCCUUUCAACUCAAUCCCCACCUAUAUAGCUGCAUUAUCGAGCCAUCUUUAUGGAAUGUUUUAUUAUUUCAUUUAAACAGGUCUAUAGUCUUGAUUUCAAACCCAAAACUAUAUAACCAUUAUUUUUUUUGGGUAGGUAGACACAAAAAGGGGAGAUUUGUAGCCAAUAUAGCUCUAAUGACUUUGAGAACACUUCAAACACCCAACUCUGUCAUUUCUUUCGAUGACUAUUUCUUUAGUACAUGAGAUAUCAGUAUCUCGUUGGUUCACCUACCUUCCCAACGUUAUUGUAUAUAAGAUUGAAAGUUUAAGAUUCGAGACUUAUUUUGAAUUCUUUUCAGGGAGGUGGGGGACACAAGAGAAGAAAAUGGGAUAUUUUUAUGAUGGCUAAGAGAAGGAAGGCAUGUGGGAUGAUUGUGUCCCAUUUGGAUAAUGGUAGGUCUUAAUUUUUGCACAUACUACCACAUGCCUCCAUCAUGUGUAUCAUCCUCCAAAACUCCCUCUUCAAACCCCAUCAUCACUAACCUUUUCUUCCCUUUUCCCUUCAGAUUCACUUCUAAUUCAACUCUCCUUUUACUUUUCCUUCCUAUUCUCCUUAGUUUAUAUGCUUCUUGAGGCCUCUUGACAGUUCAAAACCUCUUAUUUUAAGCCUAGAAAACCCUUUUAAGUGAUUUGAUUAAGAGCCAAAACCUCUGAACUUGUUAAGAAAUGUGAUUCUUGGGAAAUGGCCAAAAAUCAAAACAUGGGUUUUGCUGAGCUUAAUCACUACCAACACUCUGUCUCUGACAGACAACAAAGCAUAGAUGGAGGAAGACAAGCAGUGUGUGUGCGUUUUUUUUUUUUUCAUUAUUGUUACUUUUAUGCUUGCAUUGUCUUCUACUUAUUUUUGUACUCUUCUUCUUCUUCACUUUCCCUAUUGUUCUUAUUAUUCUAUGAUUUUUGGUUU